ACUCUAUACAGAGCCAAUAAGACAAAAAAAAUAAGCAAGACAAUUGGAGAGAGCUGAUGUUUUCUUGCGAUGAGCAAUGGAUCUUCGUUUGUUCAGUGUAUUGAUACACGCCUUUGCCUACUUUAUUCCCUCGUGUUUAGAGAGCAUAUGGCUUUCCAUCCUAUUAUAUCUUCCUUUCUCUUUCUCAUUCGCCUACUUAUUCUACUCGCUUCUCUUUUUCUUUUCUUUCUCUUUCAUUCUCAUAUAUUUCACCUUCACCGUUGUCAAAUUCUGCAUUUCUCAUGUGAGAAUGAAACUAUUGUAAUCAACGCAUACGAACAUCGAAGGAAUCAACUGCAAACACCGCAAAAAAAAAAGGAAAUCACAUCUGGUGUGUGUGUUAUACUCUUUGUCUCAUGAUAGUGUGUGAUUUGCCACUGGAUAAAGGGCAC